AAAGGCAUGGAUAAAGAGUAAAAUAAGGACUGAUGGUUGUUAGUCUUAAAAUUUGGUUGUAAGUCUAUCAUUCUCUCGUUGAACAUCUCAUCUCGUCCAUCGUGCUUUCAAAAAAUUAGUGUUUUUUGUCAACAAAUAUUAUGGCUGAUCAUCAUGAACAGCCACAACCACAGCAACAACACCUUCAUCUUCAACAACAACCACAAUCGACUCAACCGACACAGCUUCAGCAACAACAACAACCGACACAACCGUCUCAGCUACAGCAACAACAACAGUCGCUACAACAACAAAUUCAACAGCAGUUAUUACAGCAGCAACAAAAUCAUCAACAGCCACAACAAUCUACACAAUUACAAUUAUCACAACAAUUAUCACAGCAGCUAUCACAGCAGCUAUCUCAACAAUUACCACAACAACUACCACAACAGCUACCCCAGCAACAACAACAGUCAUCUCCAGCAUUUAAAUCAUCUCAAUCUACACCAAAAAAUUGUCUCUCUCUAGAUGUUGGUACAUCUAUGGAAGACCAAUCAACUCCAGAAAUACCUUCUACAAUUUUAAAUUCAACUAGUUUAAAUGCUUCGACAAACGCAGCUCUUACCUCAUCAGCAUCAAAUCAACCCAAACGUUUACAUGUCAGCAAUAUUCCAUUUAGAUUUAGGGAUCCAGAUUUAAGACAAUUAUUUGGACAAUUUGGUCCUAUUCUUGAUGUCGAGAUUAUUUUUAAUGAAAGAGGAUCGAAAGGUUUUGGUUUUGUAACCUUUGCCCAUGCGGCUGAUGCUGGAAAGGCCAGAGAACAGUUAAAUGGUACAAUAGUGGAAGGUAGAAAAAUAGAAGUAAAUAAUGCUACUGCUCGAGUACAAACUAAAAAACCUACAUCAAUUGCCGCAGCGGUUGCCGCUGCAGUUGCCGCUGCCUCAGUUAUACCCAACGUGGGAGCCUUGAGAGGUGUCACGAUAUCCCGGGCUUCUACGAGAGCGGCUGCGAGGGCAGCCGCAACGGCAGCAUUUGCUCGACAUCCUACUCCAUUAACAGCUACUGCUGCCACCCUGCAUGGUUAUGCCACCACCCCUUUACCUACAAAUUUACGCGGAGGAGUUUAUCAAGAUCCUUACCUAACUUAUGCCACGGUUGCUGGAGCUGAACGUUAUCAAUUCCCGGCAUCUUAUGCUGCUAGUGCUGCUUACACUGCUGCAGCAGCACGGACUUAUGCUGCAGCCGCUGCCGCCGCCCAUGCAAAUCCAGCAGUAGCUCAAUACGCUGCUGUAGUAGGUUAUGGUCGUGAAUACGCUGAGCCUUACCUUGGACACAGCAUUGGACCUGUAACUGGUUACGGAACCUCUGUUUAUCGUAAUGCGUACAAUCGAUUUGCACCUUAUUAAAUCAUGACGAGAUGAUGAAUGACUCUUCCUUUUAAUUUUAAAGGAUCAUAAUUUUCCUCAUAUUUAUUGAUUUUAUUGAAUCUCGCGAAGAGAAAUUUCUUUUUUUCUCUUCUUCUUCACCUUAUUUUUCCUUCUUCCUUGGCAUCAUCUUUUUAAUCAAUUUUACCAAAAAGCAAAAACACAAAACCUUUUCAGUUUCAAUCUCAAGAUUAAUGGAACCUCUCAUCUCUUUAUCUGCCAAUAUCUUGUUGCAUAAGAAGAAAGCCUUUUAAGAAGAUUUACUUUUGCAAAAGAUGACUCUUUGUUUUGUAAACUUUACCUUUACCUUAAACUUAUCCCAUCUUUUUUCCUCUGUCUUCCUCUUCCUUAUCAGUCUCUUUUUUGUUCCCUUUAUGUGUCUGUCUUUUCAAGAAGACAGGCACAAAAACAAAAAGGAUGAGGAUGAAGAUAAAAAGGUAACAUCAAUACUGGGCCAAUCUUAUGAUCCAGUUGAUUGAAUUGAAACACCACAUCAGAUAAUCUAAGUCAUGUAAACCCAAAAAAAUCGAUUAUCAAUCUAGUAAUACUCACAUGAAUACUCUGUCUCAUUAGUUUAUCAUCAUCGUCAUCAUGAAGCAUCA